AUGAACGCUCUGCUAUGCUCUGCUUGGGAGGCCCUCCUACGGGCGAAGCGCACGGCGCACGAGGUCCGGCAGCAGCUCGAUGAGAAGGAGGCGAAGAUCGCAGCCAUCCAGCAGGAGCUGCGGUCCACGAACCUCGCGGAGCUCCAGGCCGCAGUGGCCCUUGCCAAGGCGGAAGCCAAGGAGAAGGCGGAGGAGUGGGUCAAGGUGAAUGCUGGAAUGGAGGACCCGCCCUGCUACGCGGAAGCGACGCGCCUGCAGAGGGACUGCCAGGAGAUUUGCCAGCAGAUCCUUGAUGCCGAGAACGAGACGACCUUCGUUCAGCGACAGCUCGUGCAACUUCAGGACGAGCGCAGCUCCCUGGACGCCUCGGCGCAGCAGCAUGAGCAGCAGGCGCUGUCCUUGAAGGAGAAGCGCGAAGAGAUCGAGCGGCAGAAGGAGCAGUGCGAGCGCUCCUUGGGGAACUUGAGCGACUUGGAGGCGGAGCUUCGGGAGAAGCAGGAGAGCCGCGACGCGUCGGCCCAGCGCCUGGCGGAGGCGCAGGCGAGCAAAGCGCCGCGAGAUCAGCGGGCAGCGCCCGUUGCCAAUAGUGCUGUGAUCCACAUAGAGCCAGAAAGCAGCUCACCAAAGCAGCGCGUGCUGCCGAGGCAGCCGCCCAUGAUGCCGGAGGCCUCGCCGUCACCGCGGCCGGAGGUGCCGCCCUCGCCGCCUUGGGCGCCGGCAGCCUCCGAGGAGGAGGACCUAGACGUUGCCUCGGAGACGGCUUUUCCGGAUCCCCCGGAGGCGCCUCCGCCCGAAUCCCCGUCUCCGGAGCGUCGCCUGGAGCCUCGGCCGGCGUCUCGCUCCUCGAGGCCGACCUCCGCGAAGUCGGCGAAGUCGGCGGGAUCGGCGUCCUACGACGAAGACUUCGACGACGACGACUUCGAGGAGGAGUCGGAUCCGGAGGACGUCUGA